CUCAAAGGAAGGUUCUUAAAAUGGCGGCAGUAGGAACAGGUCUUCGGGGGGAGCCAGCUCAAACACCGUGGAAGGAGAAUCUAGCUGAACGUCUGAUAUGUCCAGAAUGCAAGGAGAAUCCUCCUAACCUUGUCCCAGAGAGCCAUGAAACGAUAUGCGGCUCCUGUGGGCUCGUUUUGGCUGAUAGAGAAAUAGACCCUCACUCGGAGUGGCGUACCUUCUCGAAUGAUGACCAGAAUAAUGAUGACCCCUCUCGAGUUGGUGACGCUUCUAAUCCUCUUCUUAAUGGCAACCAGCUUGAGACGCAGAUCUCGUUCGGUACCGGCGGUGCUCGGAGCAGGGAACUACAUCGAGCCCAGAACAAGAUGUCAACCGAGAAAACUAACAAGGCCCUGCUUGCUGCGUAUAAGGAGAUAGGCUCCUUAUGUGACGGAUUUAACAUUCAGAAGAACGUUGCAGACACAGCAAAGUAUCUCUUUAAAAUCGUCGACGAUGCGAAAGCAUUCAAGGGGAAAUCCCAGGACGUUAUUAUUGCCGGUUGCAUCUUCAUUGCCUGUCGGCAGUGUAAAGUUCCCCGGACAUUUACUGAGAUCUUUGCGGUCACAAGAGUGUCCAAAAAGGAAAUUGGCAGGAUCUACAAAGCACUUGAAAAGUUCUUCACGGCCCAGAACCUUGAACGCAUCAAUUCUGUGGUUUCAAACGGAGGCGUUCCCGACCCCAACGAUGCAUACACUGGAACAACAUCCACUAAACCAAGUGAUCUCUGCAACCGAUUCUGCAACCUUUUGGACCUGCCCUUCCAGGUCACAAACGUUUCUUCCAUGCUCGCUGACCGAGUCACUUCCAUGGGCGACCUCGCCGGCCGCUCACCACUUUCCAUCGUCGCUGCUUCGAUAUACAUGGCUUCCUUUUUAAUGGGCCAUGGGAAGACGGCUAAGGAGAUCUCCGGUGUUGCCCAUGUUAGUGACGGUACGAUCCGUGGCGCCUACAAACAGCUAUACGCGGAACGAGAAAGAUUGAUUGAUCCUGCUUGGAUAAAAGAUGGAAAAGGUGACAUGAGCAAGCUUCCCAUUAGCUGA